AGAGGAAGGAUGCCGGGAGUGAGAGGAGGAGGAGGUGGUCGUAAUAGAGGUGAAGUCGGAGGAGGAAGCUAAGGGGAAGCGAGAGGAGGAGGAAGUUGAUAGGGAGGGAAAGGAGGCGGGAGAGUGAGAGGAGAAGGAGCUAGCGGAGAUGGAGCAAGAGAAGGGGGAGAGAGAUGAUUCAUGUGUUCCUGCAAAGGAAUUGACUUGAGUCGAUUUGACCUAAGUCAAGGCAAUUUGAAUGGAUUGAAACGACUAGUGGAUUAAUUGGAUUUGAAAUAAUUCGAUUCAUUAUCAAAAUUGCCUAAUAAUAAAAACCAAAGGAGUCUAUUACUGAAGUGUAUAGAGGAGAGAAGGUGAAUCGUGAAACCGCCAUUGUUAUACAUACAACAGGUACAGAGGAGAGAAGGUCAAACGAGGGGUAGAGAUGCAGACUCCACCUUCCCCGCUUUGAACAGCCACUGGUAUGGUUCCCCUCACCGCCGUCUGUGUUCGGUUUCGUCACCGCCCUCGACUAAAAAGAUGCAACCCGCUUCGACUUCUCAAGAAAGAGCUCCUCUUCGAUCCCUCUCCAUUUCCUCCUCUUCCUGGAGAUUUCUUCGUCGAGCGAACCGAGGGCUUCGAAAGGGGGAAAGAAUAGACGACGGACCUUGGACCCAAUACGUCGCCAUUUCUCGUUAUCCGGACUUGGUAAAAUCGAUUUCAGUUCUUAGGGUUGUAUCUGUUACAGAUUGACGGAUCGCACUUUUAACUUAAGAGUAGUAGUUCUGUGUGUUUUAGGGUUUUUCUUAAUUAUCUGAAAAGCGAUUUGUUUUGACGAAUUUGGUCAAAAGCGUUAGGUCUUUUAGUUAGUUCCUUCUUGGAAAUUCGAUUUUUCGCUGUAGAUUCUCUACCAGAUUAGAUCAGUGCGGUGCCCUUUUGACUUUUUCUUGCUUCUCUUGUACUUUUUCGCUGUUCUGUAAUGCAAAGUCGUGCCUUUUUGUGAUGAUUGGUAUCAUUACUUCCCUCAAUUUAUUCUCGUCGGUGUCUACUUUUUCCUGUGGUUUAGAAUAAGUCAAACAACUUUUUUGAUAACUUUACCAAUUCUGAUUAGUGUCUACUGUGCAAACAAUUUUUGGCCUGAACUCAUUGUAUGUAAUGAAGAUUGUUCGCCUCGAGGCUACUUAACAAGUAGUUGCAAGUUUGAGCUCUUUAAGAAUCCGCCUUCCUCGAAAUUCCAGAAAUCUUCUCAUCUCGUCAGACAUAUUUUGCAGUAGAUUUUUUUUGAAUCGAUGAAAGCUAGGUUGACUGCAAAGCUAGGCAUGCAACUAUAGAUAAGAAAUAACUGACACAAGACUGGAACGAAACUUCUCCUGGAACAUCUUUAAGAUGGUCUAUGGUUCUUCCAUGAGCACUGCACUGGGAGUAGCAAUUUAGGAGAGUUUAAAGAUGGACAACAACGGAGAUGAGCAGCAGAACCAGGACUAUCUUUUUAAAAUUGUUAUGAUUGGUGACUCUGCAGUUGGAAAAUCAAAUUUGCUUGCGAGGUUUGCGCGGAAUGAAUUUUAUCCAAAUUCCAAGUCAACUAUAGGGGUUGAAUUCCAAACUCAGAAGAUGCAAAUUGAUGGGAAGGAAAUUAAAGCUCAGAUUUGGGAUACUGCUGGUCAGGAACGUUUCAGGGCCGUGACAUCUGCAUAUUACCGUGGUGCCGUAGGAGCUCUUGUGGUGUAUGAUAUCUGCAGACGUCAGACUUUUGACAGCAUCGGUCGUUGGCUGAAUGAGCUACAUACACACUCUGAUAUGAACGUCGUGAUCAUUUUGGUCGGCAACAAGACGGAUCUCAAGGAUGCAAGGGAAGUUGGUACAGCAGAGGGCAAGGCUCUGGCUGAAGCUCAAGGUCUCUUCUUCAUCGAAACAUCUGCACUGGACGACUCCAAUGUUGCAGCAGCCUUUCAGACCCUAGUGAAAGAGAUCUACCACAUCCUAAGCCGGAAAGUAUUCCAAUCUCAAGAACAGAAAAAAGAGCUGUCAUCGCUAGGUAGUGGGAACCCUGUGGUCUUACAGGGGGAUACAAAUGAUGGAGCCAGUACAUUUAGUUGCUGCUCUUCUUGAAACCAGUUGUAUUGCAUUAUACAGACUUUUCAAUCCAAAUUCACUUGAUUUCAUUUUUUUCCUUCAUUGUAUUGGGGGUAUAGGGGCAAAUUUCCUAGUAAUUGGUAUACUUGUGGAAUGGCUAUUGCCCAUUUGCUAUGUUGAUUUGUUGUCGACAUCCUUCUUAAUUAUGUAAAUUGAGUUAAGGUAAUGUGGAUUGGGCAUUUGCUGCUGCUCCAGUCGAUGAUCUGGACCUCGACAGCUGUA